UUAGCGACACACCAUUCAGCUCAAGACACGUUUACUUUUUAGCAGACGAAAACAUGUAUAUUAUCAAUGAAUAAAAGCCUGAAAAUGUAUUCCAUUUGUACAAUUAUUGGACUUGCUACUUGUGUAAUAAGCACAGAACCCGUUGAUAAUGGCGAAUGGGUUACAGAAGAUAAAGAUAUGAUUGCACAACCAGGUCCAUGUAAUAUAGAUGUCAGAGAUGCAGACACUUUAUCACAAGAAGAAUUUUUAAAUAGAUAUGCUUAUACAAAACCUAUUGUAAUAAGAGGAGCUGCAGAUAACUCAAAAUUUCAAGAUAUGUGUAGGAAAGAAUAUAUGUUGAAUAGUUUUGGGACAAAGAAAAUUCGAUUAAGUUCAGCCAAUACAUAUUCUUACAGUAAAGCUGAUGUUACAUUACAUGAAUAUGUAGAAGAUAUAUUAAAACCUCAAAAAUUGGGACAGCUAGGAAAUGAAACAUUUUAUUGGUUUGGUGAUAAUAAUUAUACAGAAUGGAAAGACUUGUUUAAUAUUUAUAAACCACCUCCAUAUAGAGUACCAAGAAUGUCGGGAGCAUAUAGUUUUGGUUUAGCUGGUGCUGGAACUGGUGUACCAUUUCAUUUUCAUGGUCCUGGAUUUGGAGAAGUUGUAUUUGGUCGUAAGAGAUGGUUCAUGUAUCCACCAGAUAAAACUCCUAGUUUUCAUCCUGAUAAAACAACAUUACAAUGGUUAAUAGAGGAUUAUACAAAAUUACAUGUACAAGACUUACCUCUAGAAUGUACAAUUAAUAAAGGGGAAAUUAUUUACUUUCCUGAUAGAUGGUGGCAUGGAACAUUAAAUAUAGACACCAGUGUUUUUAUCUCAACAUUUUUAGCAUAUGGUUAGAACUCAAAAUCUUUAGACAUCUAUUUGUAACAUACAUCAAAGUUUUUAAAGAAAUAUUCUUAAAAUAAUACUUGAUGUUGAUUUGAUUGUACAGUUACAUCCGGUGGGGUCAGAUUAGAUUGAGACAGAUCUCUGUCGAUUCAUCACUGAAAUAUGGAUGUAUUAUAUAUACAUUAUGCAAGAUAUAGAGAAAGAGCUAAUGAAAAAUGAAUAUAUUGAAAAUUUCAGUCAAAUUCUUUAUUUUGAGCAAAGUUAUGAAUGUUUGAAGUUUUAACAAGAAAUAGCCAUAAUUGGCAGAUGGAAACUGCUCAAAGUUCAUAUUCUUAUUUGUCAAGUACCAUUGCCAUCAUAAGAAACGCAUUGAAUAGUGGUUUUUGAAUUAUUUUAAGGAUGCUCUUUUGAAAAUGCUUAGGUCAUUGCUUGGAUUUUCAAUAAUUAGGUGAGUCUAAGGCAAAAAAAUUAUCUGCGAAAAAUCUAAUUUACUUUUAUUCAUUUAUAUAUAAAUUGUGUAAAUUUGUAUGAAUCAGGGUAUGUAUAUAAGAAAAACGGAAGAAAAGAGCUUUUUAUCACAUUUUU